AUGUCGGAGAAAGCGCCACUUAUCCCGGAGCCGGAGCAGCGCGUCUUCUACGGCCGGCCGACGCGGUGCCCAUACGCCCAACGGUGCUCCGCCGGGAAAGCCGUCGUCAAGGUCUUCGUCCUGGCUACCGCUGCCGGCUUGCUGUACUACAAUAUUCCGCAAGCCCAGAAACCCAUCCACGAAGAGAAGACGCCCGUUUGUUUGACCCCGGCUUGUGUCCAUGCCGCCUCCGAGAUCCUGUACAACUUGUCGCCGAAUUACAAGGAGCUCGACCCAUGCAACGACUUUGAGGAGCUCGUCUGCGGUGGAUGGAGAGACCGACAUGACCUUCGUGCCGACCAAGGCGAUGCCUUCACCGGCACCAUCAUGUCUGAGAACUCGGAGCUGUUGCUUCGCCACAUUCUUGAGGCGCCCUACCCCAAAGACUCCCAGCACUCGUACUUCUCCCCCCUCCGUCUCGAAUCCACCGACAAGUCCGCCGAUGAGCAAAACUUUGACAAGAUGAAGGCUGCGUAUGAUGCUUGUGUCGACGAGGACAAAAUCAAAGACAUUGGGGUCGAACCCCUCAUCAAGAUUCUGGACGAGAUCAAGAACACUUAUCCUCUCGAGGAGGCCGCCUCUGUAGACCCGAGCCCUACCAAAGAUGCCAUUCUUCUUCUAUCCAGGUAUGGAAUAGACGCUCUGGUUGCCUCGGGCACCGGCGCGGAUGACAGAGACCCCGAAACCGUCGUUGUUUCUGUUGCGCCCCCCUACAGCCUGGGUCUGCCCUCGAAGGAGCGAUACGAAGACGAGAAGCUCGUCGAGAAGUAUCGGGGUGUUGCUGUUGAGGUUCUCGGCAACCUCUACCCCGAUGGAAACAAGGACAACUUUGCCAAGGUUGUUGACCUUGAGAAGCUUCUGGCAGCUGCGUCUCCUAGUACCGAGGAGCGCGAGGAUGUCACAAAAUACUAUAACCCAAUGCUUAUCGACGAGGCAUCUGCUCUUGCCCCUGAGAUUGAGCUGACGGCCCUGAUCCACGAUCUCGCCCCUGAUGGUUUCGUCGUUGAGCGUGUCAUUGUUAUGGCACCAAAGUACAUGACGGAGCUGUCUACCAUUCUGUCUGGAACUGACAAGCAGGUCAUUCAGAACUACUUCAUUUGGAAGGCGGUUCAGUCCUUCUCAUCCUACGUUGACGCCGACGCUGUCAAGCCGUACAAGCGCUUCAAGAAUGAGCUCGCUGGAAAGGACCCCGAAUCUGCCCCUGAGAGAUGGCGUACCUGUGUUGGCCACGUUGAUGAUGGCCUGGGUUGGAUUCUCAGCCGCUUCUUCGUCGAAAAGGCAUUUUCGGCCGAGGCAAAGAAGUUCGGCGACACCAUUAUCACCGACAUCAAAACCGAAUUCACCAAGAAGCUCAAGGCCGCCAAGUGGAUGGACAAGCAGACUACCACCAAGGCCAUGGAGAAGGUUCAGAAUAUCAUUCAAAAGAUUGGUUAUCCGACCAAGAGCCCCGACAUCAUGGACCCUCCCAGUCUCAAUGACUUUUACAACUCAGUCAACGUCAGCCCGGAGACUUUCUUUGAGAACGCUCUGACUGUUCGCAAGUUCGCCGUCGGCUACGAGUGGUCAGCCCUCGGUAAGCCCGUCGACCGGGAGCAGUGGGGUAUGACAGUCCCUACCGUCAAUGCCUACUACAACCCUCCCGGCAACGAAAUAGUCUUCCCGGCCGGCAUCAUGCAGUUCCCCGUCUUCGACGUCGAGGUCCCUGCCUACAUGUCCUACGGUGCCUUUGGCUCCGUCGCUGGACAUGAGCUCAGCCACGCCUUUGACUCCACUGGCCGCCACUACGAUCAGAACGGCAACUACACUGACUGGUGGUCCGACGCUACUGUCCAGGCAUUCAAGGACAAGGCCGAGUGUUUUGUCGAGCAGUACUCCGACUUCUCAGUCCCAGGACCGGACGACAAGCCUCUCCACGUCAACGGGCGCCUCACCCUCGGCGAGAAUCUUGCCGACGCUGGCGGGCUUUCGGCCUCGUACCAGGCCUGGAAGCGCCGUGCUCACAAGCACCCCAACAAGGAUCUGCCGGGCCUCGAGCACUUCACGCAAGAUCAGCUCUUCUUCGUCACAUACUCCAACUGGUGGUGUGGCAAGUCUCGGAAGGAUACGGCCAUCAACCGGAUCUAUACUGAUCCCCAUGCGCCCAAGUGGGCCCGUAUUCUUGGCACCAUGUCCAACAGUAGGGAGUUCAAGGAGAGCUUCCAGUGCAAGGACAAGAAGCCCACCUGCGAGCUGUGGUAA